GAUACAGAAAGAACAACAAUUACGAAGUACAUAAAAAAAAUACUCUCAAGUGUAUCUCCUCAAAACCCAACAAUCUUACCAAGUGUUAAGUGCGCGCGCACGUGUUAUUUUUUCCCGAAAUUCUCCAACUCCUCAAUAAUAUUCCUCUCCUUCCUCCACUCAUUCCGAGAGGUUUUAGUGUCUAGUCCACGAUCCGAGGACUUGAAGAUAGGAUCUAAAGAGAAACUGACAGAACGUGACAGGAUCCAUAGUGUCUGUGAAUUGCAAUCACCAACAGCAAAAUUAAAAAAUUAAAAUUGUCUCGUGAAUUUUCACAAACAUUGCCACGAGCAAUUAAAAAAAAAAUCCGAUAAAUCCGGUGACUGAUCCGUGACGUUCGCCAGUGACGACAGUUCAGGAGAAAAACAAAGGGGAAUCAUUGGUAUCCCAGCGGUCCCAGCUAAAUAAUCAUCAUUAACCCAAUAAUUCUCAAUAAUUCCUCAUCAUUCUUCAUUGGCAGUCAACCCUUGAGUGACCACAUUCGCAUAAAAAUCCCCUCUCAAAUUGCCCACCCCUUUCCCCCCCAACCGAACCACCCACUCCCCCCUCCCCCCCAAACCCCUCCAUCCGCGUAUAUUGGUUAACAACACGAUUGCCUCUAAAUUUAGUUAAGUUUGUUGGGUUGGGAUUGUAAAUUGUUUGGCCAACUCUAGUGCCUCUCGUGCCAGAACAAAGACCAGUGUUUUCCCUUAAUUUUCCACUGAACCAGUUAAUAAAACUAGUGCAACGAAAUUCCUCGGUGUGCCACACUGAGAAAUUCGAGUGGAUCGGUUUGACGUGAGAGUUCAAGUCAAAAUUUCAACGACUCUGGAUCUAUGAACCCCAAGGGCCAAGAGGACCCUGGAGAAGAUCUCACUUCCAGGGUAGGAGCUGAGAGCCCUUGCAGUGACAUGAAGCGAGCAGCAGCCAAAAAGUUGAUCGAACGUUAUUUCUACCAGUUGACGGAUGGAUGUGGCAAUCCACAAUGCGACAAUCAGAAUUGUGCGUCUAGUGGCAAGGUGACUAACUUGACUCCAAAUCAAGCAGCAGCUCAAGCGAUUCAAUUAUUCUCCCAGGAGGCACGUCUCUGCGACGGUACACAGCCCAGCAAAGUUCCCAGGACAUCCCUGGAGUCAGGCCCAGCAUCACUAGCCAAGAGUUUACCACCAAAAAGCAUGAAUCCAUCGUGCUCAGUAGAAGGCAAACAAGUACCUUACCUCACCGAGACAAAGCUCCUGGGCAUAAUAGAUCGGUGUAAAUCGGAGGGAAAUUACUCCCUGCUAAUUCGUACCCUGGGUGAAGUGUUCUCCUCGGCGGAGGCCCUGAGCAAGAGCUUCCAAAAAACGGAAAAAACUGAUUCCCCUCUGUCAGCCCUCCUGGAUCGUGCUCCAGUGUCUCUGUUGGGUCCACCGAGUGAUCUGAACAAAGAGGCAGUUAGAGCACUACAGGGGGAGGACAAGGAGAUAGACAGCAGUGAUCCCUCCCCCUCGGUUCCUCAUCCUGACGACACAAGUGUGGACCUGGAGGCAGUGAGGAGAUCCUUCGCAGCCCUUUGGUCGAUAUCAGGUGAGGAGUUCGAGUCAGCUCUAGUCAAUGCUCUGGUGACCCUCGCCGACAACAUCGAGCUGGACCUCCGGGUCUUCGGAAUAAUGCCCUCAGACAGCACAGACACCCUCCUCAACGUAUUUCUCAUUGUCUUCGAGAUUCCAGUGCUGGGUAGCAGCGAUUACUUGGAGUAUGCCCUCCACAUGCUAUGCAAAGCUGCCAGCUGUCUCCCAAUCUCUGCACAGGCUAAAUUGUCGAGGGUGUGGGCAAGACACUGCAGGACAAGGCUACCGAGGCUCCUGCAGACCCUGCAGCAGCUGAUAACAGUGAAGAUGAUAGCUGGAUCCUUUACGAGGGACUACUGCGUCCAGGACGCCGACACAAUCACAGCCCCCACGAAGGUCAUGAAGAUCCUUUACUACGCCAGCAUGUUAUCAGGCGAGUUGGACGCCCCAGAGUUCUGCCAGGACGAAGAUGUCGAGCCCAUGGGGAUCGACAAGUCAGAUCGAGCCCCACCAGCUGCUCCACCCCCUCAGGAUCCAUUGGCUGUCGAACUGGGGAUAUCAGCUCUCGAUGCACGUCGUCCCUACAUUGAUUUCACUGAUUUCUACAACGAACUACUCAGCGAAAUGGUCGAGAUGGACAAAGAUUUUGCGUACUACAAGAGCGAGCAACCAAAGAAGUUCAGCUUCAUGAACUAUGCCUUCAUCCUCACACCUGCCACCAAGACAUUGGGUCUCUACUACGACAACAGGAUAAGAAUGUACAGUGAGAGGAGAAUGAGCUUUUUUCAAUCGUACGUGGGACAGCCCACCAAUCCCUAUCUGAGACUCAAGGUACGCAGAGAUUUUCUCAUCGAUGAUGCACUCGUCGAGCUGGAGAUGGUCGCCAUGGAGAAUCCCACUGAUCUGAAGAAACAGCUUGUCGUCGAGUUUGAGGGGGAGCAGGGAGUCGACGAGGGUGGAGUCUCCAAAGAAUUCUUUCAAUUAGUCGUCGAGGAGAUAUUUAAUCCGGAUUAUGGCAUGUUUACGACUCAGGAGGAAACACAGACCACCUGGUUCAAUCCAACUUCCUUCGAGAGUGAUGCACAGUUCACGUUGAUUGGGGUUGUACUGGGUCUUGCUAUUUAUAAUAAUGUUAUCCUUGAUGUGCGUUUUCCUAUGGUUGUUUAUCGCAAGCUGCUCGGGAGAAAGGGAAGUUUUGCAGAUCUCGAGGACUGGAGUCCGACGUUGUACAGGACCCUGACUGAGAUGCUGGGGUACGUUGGUGAUGAUAUGCCUGAUACCUUCAUGCAGACAUUCAAGGUCGGUUACAAGGAUGUUUUCGGAUCGGUGCUGUAUCAUGAGCUCAGGGAAAACGGGGACGAGGUCUACGUGACGCAGGAGAACAAGAGGGAAUUUGUCGAUCUCUAUGCCGAUUUUUUGCUCAAUCGGUCUGUCGAGAGGCAGUUCAAGGCCUUCAGGAGGGGCUUCCAGAUGGUUACCGAUGAGAGUCCCCUGGCACUUCUAUUCAGACCUGAGGAAAUUGAACAGCUCGUUUGUGGAAGCAAAGUCUUUGACUUUACAGAGCUCGAAGCAGCUACUGAGUAUGAUGGCUACACUGUUGACAGUGAUGCAGUGAAGAACUUCUGGAGAGUUGCUCAUGCAUUACCUUUGGAAAGCCAGAGGAGAUUGCUCCAGUUUACCACAGGAAGUGAUCGAGUACCAGUUGGAGGACUGUCGAGGCUCAAGAUGGUUAUCUCGAGACAUGGACCGGACUCUGAUAGAUUGCCAAUUGCUCACACAUGUUUCAACACACUUCUUCUCCCGGAUUACUCAUCACUUGAGAAAUUGGAGGAUCGUCUGCUGAAAGCUAUCAACUACUCGAAAGGUUUUGGAAUGCUGUGAGACAGGAUAAUCGAAAAACGUCUUCAACCUCAAACCCUUGAAACUGGUAGACUCAAUGAACAACUUUUGGGGAAUAAACUCUUCAUUCUCAACGUUGAGACAAUCCACCACGCCUGCGUUUUUCGUGAGGAUUAAAUAGAGAGCUAAUGGCUUUCAUGCUCAGUGCGACAAGAAAAAUAAUCAGAGAAUCAUGGAGGUCUUUUUCCUCGUUCAGUUCCCCAAUCCCAACCUGUUUCCAGCCUCGUAGAGCAGCUUGAAGUGAAACCCUAAUGUCCCAACGUGAAAAAACACGAGAAUAUUAUGUGCUAAUUGUGCGCGAACAAUUGUCAAGGGUGGAGAAAUUGAUAACAUGGCUGUUGUAAAAAAAAACUUUAUUUUCCAUUGUGAUUGAUUUCUACAGGCAAAUAUACAUGUACACAAUAUCCUUUGUUCAAACUAUAUUGCAAAUAUAGGCUCGAGCGAGGAUGAAAAAAAUCAAGUGAGAUUUAACGAUAACCUUUGUAAAAAUACAAAUUUGUAAUCAUGAUACUGUAAUAAUAAUAAUUGAUAAUGAAAAUUAAGGAAACGAAAUGGUUUUUCUUAUCAUCGUUUUUAUGGAAUUUCAAUUUGAUAGCGUAAGAAUAUGGAUGUCAAUGUCAAAGGAUCAGAUAGUCUCCCUCAUUAAAAAAUAACAUAUAAAACUAUAAAAUCUGCAUUGCUCUUCGCAAUUGGACGGCUUUGUUUUACAUUAAUCUCGAUACUAAUUAAAUGGACGGACUAGACGUGAGAGCGAAGGCAAACUCCGAACUUCCACGAUUUCUUGUACGUUUCACUAAACUACAAUAUAUUUCAGCGGACAAGUGGUAUAA